AUGGGGCCCCUCAGGGAGGAUAAGUCCUGCUGUGGCAUUACCCAGAAAGGAAAUGCCUGUAAGCUCACUGUGAAGAAAGAGACCCUGAAAGAAGGUCGGCACAAGCUGAACAACCUUGCACGGAGCCCAUUCGAUCUUUCUACACUUGACUCUCAGCUGGAUGGCAUUGUCUUCUUUUUCCUCUGCAAGAGGUGGCAUCAAGAACGUCAACAGAACGAUGUCAAACAGCGGUGGUUUAACGCAGCCGUGCGUAACCAAGUCCACGCGCAGACAUCUCCGCGCCAUCUUUUCUCGCCAUCUACAGCUGAAGAGGUUGAUGAUAUAGAAGAGGAAUCAGCCGGAAUUUCCUCUGAGCCACAUGCGCUCUCUCCUCCGAUAUGGGAUAUUGACGAGAUCACCUUCCCGGGACUUCCUGCCCCCACAUGGUUAGAGGUAUCUCAGCCUCCUGGUCGUAAAGUCACGUCAGAUAUGCUUGCAAUGGAACGGGUGCCCUGGGAUGUUUCACCGAAUGAUCCAGCCAUCCUGUCCAUCAACAAUGAGCACGGUGGACUGCACUGCAUCCAGAUUCACAGCUUCGACCAAGGGUCCUGUCCAGAUGGCGAGGUGUGUCCGAUCUGCUUUGAGGAAGACAGCGAUGAUCCCGUCAUGCUGCAAUGCGAUGCAUGUAAGGGGGUGGUUCAUUUGGGGUGCAUGGACGGCUGGCUUGCCCAUCGGUUGCCCGGGAAUAAUACCUCUUGCCCAACACAUCGAUGCCACGGGUCUUUCAGCGCCCUCCUUUCCUCUUCGGUGGCUGGGGAUGUCACUAGCGAGUCGACUACCGAAAUGCCUCUCGAAGUCAUACACACAGGAGCAGAAGGCUCGGAUGUUCCAACAGUACCCUCGCAGCUUCGAUCGCCUCGGCUUGCCCGGCGUUCAGAUCGUUUCCCGGUCUCUAUCCCCUCAAGCUCAUCCGUUACUCGUCGAUCUGCUCGACAGAGACGGGUUCCCGAUCGCUUCCGGCCGUAG